UAAUAAAAAUUAUGUUUUUAAUAUUUUAAAAUUGUAAUAUAUGUAUUAAAGUAAUUAAAAGCCGCAGCCUAAGAAUGUCUGAUAAAGUAAAAAGUAGCGCUAACAAAUCGUCUACAAAACUAUGGUGGAUAACAUUUGGAGUGCUGUGUGGUGCCACAUUUGUGACCAGGUUCUACAAAGUGUUGGAACCAGAUCAUGUAUGUUGGGAUGAAACCCAUUUUGGCAAAAUGGGCAGUUGGUAUAUUAACAGGACAUUCUUCUUUGAUGUACAUCCACCCCUUGGCAAGAUGCUCAUUGCCUUGUCAGGCAAGCUGACAGGAUAUGAUGGCACCUUUCCAUUUGACAAGCCCGGGGACAAGUAUGAUGGCGCCAAAUAUGAAGGCAUGAGAAUUUUCUGUACAACAUUGGGAGCCCUUGUUAUUCCUUUGACAUUUUUAUCCUUAUGGGAGAUGACGAAAUCUUUGGACUCCACUUUUAUAGGAACAAUGCUGUUAUUGUGUGAUGUUGGCUUCCUUACUCUAAACCGGUAUAUUUUAUUGGACCCAAUAUUGCUGUUUUUUAUGAGCUGCUCUAUUUAUGGUGCUAUGAAGGUCCGCACGCUAACCACCGAAGGUCACGCGCCCUUCUCCCCAACCCUGAUCACCUGGCAACUGUUCCUCGGUGCGUCACUGGCCUGUACCAUGUCGGUCAAGUUUGUGGGACUGUUCGUCGUACUGUUUGUGGGGCUGCGGACUGUUGCUGACUUGUGGGACGUUCUUGGAGAUCUUACUAAACCUGUGAGCCUUACAAUGAAGCAUCUGAUUGGUAGAACUAUCACUCUAAUCUUGUGGCCUGCUGCUCUCUACGUGUUCUUCUUCUGGAUACAUCUUACUGUAUUGUCUAAAAGCGGAAACGGCGACGGUUUCUACUCAUCCGGUUUCCAAGCGCGCCUCAUAGGAAACAGUCUCCACAACGCUAGCGCCCCUCGAGUACUGGCCUAUGGGGCUGUAGUGACACUCAAGAACCACCGCACUGGAGGGGGGUACUUACACUCGCACCACCAUCUUUAUCCGGCGGGCGUCGGCGCUAGGCAGCAACAGAUAACAACAUACACACACAAAGACGAGAACAACCGCUGGAUCAUCCGUCCGUACGCGUCCUCUCCCUCUGGGACAGUGCUCGUGCGCAGCGGAGAUUUAGUGCGUAUCACGCAUGCGCAGACCAUGCGCAACCUGCACUCGCAUCGCGAGCGCGCGCCGCUCACGCAAAAGUGUAUGCAGGUCACCGGCUACGGGGAGGACGGCGUUGGUGAUGCGAACGAUGUGUGGAAAAUCGUAAUCGCAGGUGGCAGAGAUGGCGACGAAAUACAAACUGUCAAGAGCAAACUCAUGCUAGUACACUAUUUGCAAGCGUGUGCUCUAACAACAACCGGUAAGCAGCUACCAAAAUGGGGCUACGAGCAGCAAGAAGUUGCCUGCAACCCUAACUUGAGAGACAAGAACGCACUGUGGAACGUGGAGGACAACGUAUUUGAUGACCUGCCGAAAGUAAGCUUCGAAGCGUACGCUUCAGGUUUCAUCGAGCGCUUCAUAGAGUCACAUGCAGUCAUGUUCCAAGGGAACGCGGGACUUAAACCUAAGGAAGGCGAAGUUACGAGUCAGCCGUGGCAGUGGCCUAUUAACUACCGGGGUCAAUUCUUCUCCGGAAGCGCACACAGAGUGUACCUGCUUGGCAACCCGGUGGUGUGGCGUAGGGUUAGAGCCGGCGUAAUAUGCCUACUUGAAAAAUAAAUAUUUAAUUUUCAUUUUUCAUUUUCAUGAAAACUAGACUAUUUUUUAAGAGAAAACGCAAGGCUCCUAAACGCUGCAGGCUGGAGCUUCGUCGGCUGGGCGUUGCACUACGUACCCUUCUGGGCAAUGGGGCGGGUGUUGUAUUUCCACCAUUACUUCUCUGCCUUAGUCUUCAGCUCUAUGCUGACAGGUAUUCUCACCGAAUAUCUCUUAAAAAGCAUCAAGGCAUACCUAAGCCCGGAACUUGGCCGCGCCGUCUACCAAGGAGCUAUCGGCUUGGUGCUGUCCACUACUGUAUACAGUUUCUACCUAUUCUCACCUCUGGCUUACGGCAUGAGUGGUCCUUUAGCACAUGAGCCGAAUUCUACCAUGGCCGGACUGAAAUGGCUGGAGUCUUGGGAGUUUUAGAUACUUAUAUCCACUCGGAGCCAUAACCCUGAGCAUCUCACCGAGAAUCGCCUAAAAGCAUCACGGAGUGUCUUAGGAGGUCGUAGUCCCAAGGAGGUAUAGGCUUGGUGCUGUCCACUACUGUAUACAAUUUCUACCUACUCUCACCUCUGGCUUACGGCAUGAGUGGUCCUUUGUGCACAGUGGCGCAUGAGCCGAAUUCUACCAUAGCUGGGCUGAAGUGGCUUGAGGAAUUUUAGAUAUUUAUGCCAUUCUGCUAUGCUAUCUCAUUAAUCUCAUAUCUAAGCUUUAAUAUACAUGGAAAAAGAAAUCCAUUCCAUAGAGGAUUUUGUUUCAAUUUUAAUGUAAUAAUGGGGCUGAAAAUGUAACUAUGUUAUAGUAGGCUAUAUUUUAUAUUAAUAUAUUGGAUAGAUUAAUAGGCUCACAGCAUAUUGUUAAAGUUUUUUAUUAACUUAUUAGAAAUAAGUAACAAACAUAGGGAUUGUUGCUAUAAAUAUGAGAUGUAUUAAAAGUACUUAGUACAUAAAAUAUUCCGUCCAACUUUUAUUUAUAAGAAGAUUUUUUUAUACUUUUAUAAAAUAAAUAAGUACUCUGUAAC